UGAGAAAUGCCGAUGUCGUCCGCGUGGUUUCUGGUGGGUUGGGUGGUGACGGCGGCACAGUUGGAGCAGGAAUGGACCAACUUUGUGAUUUUCGAUUCGCACUAUCUGCCCAUGGCCAAGUGCUGGUUCAAGUGGUUUCAACGGAAUGCUUCGCCGAAUUACUUGAAGGUGGGCUGCAUGGACCAAAAAGCCUGUGCUGCAGCUGAAGGCUGGCACCGGGAUCUCGAGGGCGAAGUGGCCGUGUCCGACGUGAUGGAGAGCUACGAUCUGGAUCCAGUGACGGCCAAGGUUGUGCGGCCUCAUGGUGCCAUUGAGCAUUGGUCGCGAUCGCGAUCACACGCAUCAGGGGUCCAACUGCUUCGUAGUGAGGAGAAAUUCCCCAGGCGGAAGUACAUCCACUUGUUUCACCGAAUGAUUUGGGACACGUUGCAGCAACGUCAACAAGACGUUCUGCAUCUGGAUGUGGAUGCGCUUUGGUUGAAGCCUCCAGAUCAUCGCUUGAAGGCCAUCUUGCAAGCGCAUCCAGAUGUAGAUCUCAUUGCAUCCUCCAGCCGCGAGAGCAAUCCCAAGGAGCUGGUGGAAAAGUGGGGCUUCGUUUUGAAUGUGGGCUUCAUCCUGUACCGCUACACUGAAAAACUCCAGUUGCUCUUCGAUGAGGAAUUACUCUCUGCACCGGAGCCCAGCUGUCAGCAACUGCUGAACUAUGCCUUGGAUCGGAAGGGCUGCCAGUGGAGCGGCAACGCACCGCGGAUAUGAUGGGAGGGGAUGCAGAGUCGACUCUACUGAUACCAGAGAGGGCCAAAAAUGGAGGAAUUCACCAAAAGAAUGGGUAGAUUCAAGCUACUCUCUGGUAAUUUGUCAUUUAAUAUAGAAAAUUGCUAAUUUUAGAAAGUAAAUUAAAUUAGCUAUCAAAUGGUCCACUUUCCAUAGCUAUGUUAGUUUACUGGAAGGGCACAAAGCUAGUUGCACCCCGGCGCAACAUUCUGGGCUGGCAACUGAGGAUACGGCAAGCACUGAUCGGCUCGGCCGGUGCGGUGAAUUGAAGGUGGUGGCACUUUCUCAGACCUUUGCCUCUCGCUCAGUGGAUUGGAGCUACGACGACCCCAAGGAUCCGAGCAUGCCAACGAUUGCACAUCCGGACUCGGGUUUGCUAUCUCUGGAAGGCAUGAAGAGAAUGCGACUCUUUCGGGAUAUGAACUUGUGCUAAGUUAGUUAAGGAGAGCACUGAGAGCACGGAGCUUUUCUAGCAGUGUG